ACAGAAUCGAGAAGCAGGGGCCAGUUCGUAAGGCAUGCUGGCCAUUCUAGACAGCCUGGGAGCUUUGGGGAAGAGGCAGACACAGGCUUUAAAAAGACAGGUAGGGAGCAAUUAGGAAAAACCAUUCCUUGUUGCCUUUGUUCUCAUCCAUGUACCUGUAUGCACACAUGUGCCACACACACAUUAACAAGUACAAAUGCACUACACAAACAUUAACAAAAACAGGGACAAAUUUGUAGUUUUUAGAAAUGAAACACUUGCCAUAGCCAGGCUUGUACUUUUGACAUUGACCUUGGGAAACAGCACUAAAAUUAUCACAGAGGCAAAGGGAGCCUAGGACUCAGGCCAGCAUGUCUGAAAACUCCGCUUCAUUUUCUUCAGGACAGGAACUGGGGCCAAUGUUUGUCACGUCUGAGAAAGGCCCAGGAUGAAAAUCCUAGCUGUCCUUGCAAGCUGGACUUGUGCCACCCUGACUCUAGCUUCCUGCUAGACCUUUUCCCAUGGUUGCAGCACCCAGGCCUGUGAAUACAUGUGGCCCAGGCACACACAAACCCAGCCCAAGCACCCUGGUACCCACCAUAUCAACCAUACCAGCAGGUCUUCAUGCUUGCCAGGAGACAAGAUUCCAGUGUCUGUCCAAAACAGUCGCAACACCACAGGCUUGCUGCAAGCACGCACAGUGGCUGGUCACCAGAUAGCAGGCACCUUUGUCUCUCCUCGCCAUUCUAAACUGAUGACUUGUUUUGAAGAGGCAGAUACUGUCACUUCUGACAACACCCCAAAGAGGACACUUUUGUUCAUGUGGAAAGCCCCUGCCCAACCUGUGGGGUACAUUGGGUUCCUCAUUAGAGUGACAAAGUUAUUGUGGGAUACAGAGAGUCUGUCUCAGUCACCUUCACACACAUCUACUGUAUGCAGCAAUGCCCAGCAACUCAGUGGAGAGAUCAACCCAAUCCUACAACCAUCCCCGGAUAUCUGUAAGUUGGAGAUUCUUACUCAGAAUUAUCUGAGCUUUGGUUCUUUGGAAUCCUGCCUAUCCUUGGAUAAGGGUGAACAGUCAGACUCAUCACGAGCCUCUGAUAGCUCUUUAUAUGAUACACAGCACAGGGAGCAGAGCGUGGAGGAGGGUGGUGUGGGAUACUUUAGCAAGACCGACCUAAGGCCUGAAGUGAAGCUAGAGGGAGCCAGUGCCCCUUUGAUGAUGCAGCUCAGGACUCCACAGCUGGGAAUCCUGAUUGGCCUGUCAACCACCCGGGGUAUGGCCCUGGCUGCUGGACUUCGCUAUCUGUAUCCUCAGUAUUGCCACAAGCAGGCAGAGGGUCCUUCUGCAGAUGCUGUUGUCAGGAGUGACGACGAGGUGGUGCAUGUCAGGAGGACAGGUGAACUGAAUCUCUCUGUCGGGGACAAGAACCUUGUGCUCUGA